CACAGACGGCCCUUUCAGAAGUCGGCUGUGAUGGACUUCGGCUCUUCCAUCCGCAAAGUUACUAAACUGUUGCUGUGGAUUGAACGCUAUCUGAGCCUUAUCUCGGGGACAUUCCUCUGAACGAUGGUCAAUCUAUCCGUCUCAGCACCGCAUCCGUUCUCCGCUCUAGAUCCUCCUCAGGCACGCUCGGUUACUCCAGCCGUAAGUGGCGGUUCCGGACGCCGAAACAUCCUACAGGCUUCACUAUAACACGAUCUUCUGUAGAAGCACCAUGCCGUUGUUAGACCAUCGUCAGGUCUUACUCAUAGAUGUCCAUGGCUUCAUCGGUAACCAAAACGGCCUGGAGGACGCGGCCCAGCAUUCGACGGCCUUUAGACUCCAGGAAACCUCAAUUCCGAUUCCAGUCGUCGACAUCAACUAGGCUUGACCACAGCCUAGGGGCGAAAGCAACUGGGGCCAAGGAAACUGGGGCGAAGGAUAUUGAGGCGAAGGAAACUUCAGGGGCGUUGCCUACUAGACAGGCUGCUCAGUUAGGACGUGGUCAGUCCGGUCGUCCACUAGCCCGACUAUCAACAUCGAGCAUUCUCCGAACGCUGCUGCUGAGCACCUUUUUCAAAUCUCCCCUACUGUUCAAACCUGGGUUGGCGGUCUUUGAGAAGAUCGCAAACUCGCCGUCCGUAUGGUUGAACCCGGACAGAAACCCGUUGCUGCGGAUGAUUGUUUAUCCUUUGGUGUACAAGCAGUUUUGCGCUGGACGGAACCAAGAAGAGAUUGCCCGCACCUCCGCAGAGAUUCGACGCCUCGGGUUCUCUGGUGUUGUGCUGUGCUACGGCAAAGAGGUCCAGGUCCAGGGAGAUAGAUUCGCUGGCUACGAUCUUGGCUCGGCAGAAGGUUUGAACAGCGAGAUCGCGCAAUGGGAGGACGGGAAUAUCAAGACGCUCGAUAUGAUCGGACAAGGCGACUGGCUCGGCAUCAAAUUCACCGGCGCAGGAACCAACAUCACCAAGGCUCUGAUGAACGGUGACGCCGCUCCGGAACGAUUCGUCAAGGCUAUAGACAGGAUCUGCGAGUAUGCUGCGUCGAAAGGUUGCCGCAUCUGGAUUGAUGCGGAGCAGCAAUACUUACAAUCGACCAUCGAUCAGUGGACGAUCGACCUGAUGCGCCGGUACAACACGCCCGGCAAGCAGGCACUGGUCUACAACACCGUCCAGGCAUAUCUAAAAUCGGCCCGAGUCAAGGUUCAACAACAAUUAGAACUGGCUGACAAAGAGAACUGGCGGCUCGGCAUCAAACUGGUCCGAGGGGCCUACAUUGCGAAUGACAUCCGCGACCGAAUUCACGAUACAAAGGAAGACACGGACGCCUCCUACAACGGUAUCGUCGAGGAUCUCCUCCGCGGCAGAUUUCCCGCGCAGGCUAACCAGCAGGCGGACGAAGUGGAUCUUUUGCUUGCGGGGCACAACACCCAGACCAUUCGGGCCGCCGCCCGCCUCGCAGUAGACCUGGCUGCAGACAACAAGCUGAAAAUUCGGCCCGAGUUUGGCCAGCUCCAGGGCAUGGCCGAUGAUAUUGGCUGCGAACUUAUCCAGAUGGCCGAGGAUAUCAAGGCCGAUCGAGUCUCGUUUGGUGCCGAUGCCUACGUGCCCAGAGUGUACAAGUGUCUGACCUGGGGCAGCCUUCAGGAGUGCAUGCAGUACUUGACUCGCCGACUCAUCGAGAACCGCGGUGCUUCAGACCGUAUGAAAGUCAGUGCGACAGAAUUCAAGCAAGAGCUCUUGCAUCGAGCGGGCUUGCGGUAGCACUGCUACGACAACAAGCUGGUGGUGGUGUCAGGCUGACAUGGUUGCUGGCACUUAGGUACUCAGUACUCAUUGUCGCCAUCAAUCGCAAGCUCUGAUUCACCCACAAUCGAAGAUUUUGUCCAAGUCUCGCUACGACGCUCCGAGGAGGUAGCUCUGCUCUUACACAGCAGUCAUGAUUUCCUGCGUCUUUCUGAGCUACGAAAUUCUUGCACGAAACUCACGCAUUCUCCGUUGUCUGUUACUGGACUUUUGAAUUUGAUGACCUGAGCUGCUGCCUAUAUAUUCUGUUUCUAAGCAGACAAAGGCCUUGGAUAGCUUGGAACUAGGUAGUGCGAACACGAGUCAGCUUGUUGUUCCACUCGCUGUACUUAACGAGUCAUGAGACCUGAUCUAUCACAGUGUUGUCAUAAAGGUGGCACGGACACCGGAUGCAGUGCCGAUUUCCGAUGACCCUGCCGGUCUGGACUUCGUGUAUUUGUGGUUUUCUCUCUUCUUGAGUUGGUUCAAGUCACAGGUAUACAUACCUAGGUAGCCAUCAGCUCUUCUGCCACCCGGGAGAGCUUCGCUUCCACGACCCUGACACGGCGUAUUCGUUUCACCAUGGAGUUUGACACGACGAUUCAGCAAAUGAAACCAUUGGACAUCUUAGCUCUAACUCAGAGAGCUAGAUGUUGUUCCAAAGCCGCCGCAACUCAGUGAUAAUGUGUGCCUUCUACUGUUCUGGAACUAUCCGUGCUCUUGAAACUUGACAGGUGUUGAAAGUGAAGUCACCUUGAUCGAACAAAUUCAGAAUCUCCUGAGCCAAUUUAACGACUCCCUCUCGACGACCUGUUUUCGUAUUCUCACAAUUGAGUACUAAUAGUAAGACCUAGACCAUGAAUUGAUAUUCCCGGAUGGUAUUCGAUAAUUUUUUCUCGAGUACUGAUGGUCGGGUACAUUAAUCUAGUAGAUCCGUUCAAUAAGAACCGGCUUGCCUUUUCUAAAGUCACAUAUAACACGCCUCAAUCAAUGAAGAAGAGAUAUCGAUGAUAAUCAAGUGGA